AUGUCCCCCACUUUCGAAUACGACGUCCCCAUGCGUUCUUCCCCUUCCCCCAUAUUCCCUUCCAACAAACGCCUUUCAACCUACUCUUCUCACCCCGGCAAAUAUUCUCCCUCCUCCCGCGCAGCCGACAUCUCCCGCCUUCUCGACCCUUCUUAUUCGUCCUCCUCUUCUUCCUCGUCUCCCACAUCUGUCUACGUCGACCACCAAGGAGACCUUCAUGACCCUGACUACCGCGACUUCCCCGCUGUGCACGCUCGCGACCUCGCGUCCCGUCGUCGGCCCACAUGGGAGCGCUAUAACGAUGACGAUCAUGAACCUUUCACGACCCAGGACGAGGAUGCCUAUGCUUACGACGCAGACGCGUUCGACGAGCGCGCCCGCCUCCGCGCUGCCGCUCGCGACAUCCGUCGCCGCUCACACGAGCCUCCGCGCCGUGCCACAACCAUUCCCUCCUACAACCACUACCAGUAUUCGCGUAGUCCCUUCAACGACGACGCCAGCACCCCCACAGAGAUCAAGGAGAAGCGCGUUCGCCGCAAGCUGCGCUCCAAGAGCGAGACUCGCCGCGAGUCGGCCUGGUUCGUCGAGGAGGAGUACGAGAGCCCUGCCAUGUUGGAAGAGGAGCCGCAGACCAAGUCUGAGUACACCCCGACGCGCACUGAGACUCCAGAGUGGACCCCCACCUGCGGCCAACAGUUCCGCCGCCAGUGGCAGGCACUCUCCCUCAGCCUGCGCUUCACCAUCUUCCGCGCCCAGCGCAAGCUGCGACGCAAAAUCCAUAGCAGUACUUGA